AUGGAACAUUCACAAACUAUGGAAUCACGAUCACAGCCUCAAGAAGAAUCUUCUGAUCAACGUGACAUUAUAAUGCAAGAACAACAAGAAAAUGAAACAGAAGAAGAAACUCUUUUAGAACCUUUAAUUCUGAGUCAGAGUGAACCUACGAACGAAGAAAUGAGAGAAAAAUUAAAUACCUUAUCAGAUGAAUGGGAUUUAAACUCUGGCUCUGAUGUUUCGAACUCUGACAUCAAACAAACAAACAAUAAAAACAACCCUUCCAAACGUACUCGUACGUUCUCAGACAACUUUAUGGAAGAAGACUACGUCACCGACUCAGCGGCUGAUGCUGGAGGCAAUAUUGCUGCACCCUCUGCGCCUGGUUCUGUCGCGUCUGGUACUGACGCGUCCAUGCAUGCUCUAAAGGACAAAGAAACUUCCCUCUUAGACGCGUCUCCUAAUAAGGAUAUUAUGGAUACCAAUGAUACUUCUCCUCUUUCCCUUGACACGCCCACUAUUUCCAUUCUUAGGCGUUAUUAUCAGGCUGCUGCUGCACCUAAUGCUUUUCCUGAAUUUGUCAAAAAAUAUCCUACCAAUCGGGCUAUGAUUGACGCUGUUAACAACCUCCUUUUAGAAACUUAUCACUCUUACACUGGUCGUACCCACAUGUCUGGUUCUGGUGACCUUAAAAGAUUAGUUAUUCACUUUAAUUUGAUUAAAGAACGUGAUACCUGCUUUUCUCUCCGACAUGAUGAUCUUGCUGAUCACAGGUCAAAAAGUGAAAAAUUAGGCACCAAUCGGUCACCAAUCAGAUACCUGAUUGGUGACCGAUUGGUGACUGAUUGA